AUGGCUCUACCGCCGCCAGAUGAGGCCAGGCCUCAGGACAAGGUGUGCUACCCGCCUGAGAGCAGCCUCCAGCACCUGGCUGCUUAUUACACACCUUUCCCAACCUUUGGCCACUAUGGAAACGCUCUGACCGCUACGGAAGAGGAUUUCCAACCUUUUCGGCAACUGGAGGCCGCGAUGUCAGCUGUCCCGGCCCUUCCCCCCUUCACUUUCCAGAUGGCAUCGCCCUUUCUGGGCCCGGGUCUGGCUCUGCAGAGCGAGCUGCUAUACGAUCUACCCUGGUACGGCAAGCUACCGCAGUGGUACCCAAUUCCCGGGGAGGUGCUGCACUUCCUGAACAGCAGCCUGGAAUACACGGGUGCUAGUGGUGAAGAUUUGGGUCACGUUGGUGGCCGUGGCGACAAUGGCCAGUGUUACCCACCUGAAACUUUAAUUCCACUGCCCCCUGUGGAUGCUUCCCAGUUACCUGAGGGGCUGAAGCCCUCCCAGUCAUCUCACUCAUCCAGCAAGCUGUCUGAUGAUGAGCCCAAGUCCUCCAACCAAGAGGAGAAGUCACCGGGUCCUUUUCACUUCACCGAGGAGGAUCUGCACUUGGUCCUAUAUGGGGUCACUCCCAGCCUGGAGCACCCAACAGGCCUGCGCCAUGCGAUUUCCGGCCUCCUCGUCCCCACAGACAGCUCUGGAUCUGAUUCUCUUCCUCAAACUCCGGAUAAAGACUCCCUGCAACUUCCAGAAGGUCUCUGCCUCAUGAAGACAAUGUUUGGCAAAAUCCCACAUUUUGGAGUGUUCUGCAGUAAUUUUGUUGCCAAAGGAGUCAGGUUUGGGCCCUUUCAAGGUAAAGUGGUCAAUGCCAGUGAAGUCAAGGCCCAUGGAGACAAUUCUCUGAUGUGGGAGAUCUUUGAAGAUGGUCAUUUGAGCCACUUUAUAGAUGGAAAAGGAGGUAUGGGGAAUUGGAUGUCCUAUGUCAACUGUGCCCGCUUCCCCAAGGAGCAGAACCUAGUUGCUGUGCAGUGUCAAGGGCAAAUAUUUUAUGAGAGCUGCAGAGAAAUUCACAAGCACCAAGAGCUCCUUGUAUGGUAUGGAGACUGCUAUGAGAAGUUUCUAGACAUUCCUGUGAGCCUUCAAGUCACAGAGCCCGAGAAGCCAUCUGAGCCCCCUGAAGAGUCUGCAGAAGGCUAUAGGUGUGAGAGGUGUGGGAAAGUGUUUACCUACAAAUACUACAGAGACAAGCACCUCAAGUACACCCCCUGUGUGGACCGUGGUGAUAGGAAAUUUCCCUGCUCCCUCUGCAAACGAUCCUUUGAGAAGCGGGACCGGCUCCGGAUCCACAUUUUGCACGUUCACGAGAAGCACAGGCCUCACAAGUGUUCUACGUGUGGGAAAUGUUUCUCCCAGUCUUCCAGCCUGAACAAACACAUGAGAGUCCACUCUGGAGACAGACCGUACCAGUGUGUGUAUUGUACAAAGGUAAAUAGAAUCUCCUUUUAA